UUUCCCCUUACAAAUAUAGGAUUACCUAACUACUUUUAUACCUCAAAUACCCUAAAAACAACAGUCUUACUGACAAAAAAAUCACCCAUCUUUUCACUUUCUUACAAUGAAAUCACCAGCCAAACAAGACUUUAUUGAAGGAAAUCAAGAAGAAGACUUUAUCCAGAGGAAAAUAAGAGUAAAAAUUUUAGACCCAGAUGCUACAGAAUCAUCAUCAGAUGAUGAUGAACAACAAGAAAAAAGACCAAAGUACAUUGUUCAUGAAAAUGUGGAAAAUUAGGUACAGAGGAAAAGUUGAAAGUGGCUAUUUUUGCAAAAUCUGAAAAUGGGUCUUCUGGGGAUCUUCCAUUAAUGGCUUAUUCUCAGACCUCGGAUUCACUCAAAAACAGAAAAUUUACCACUGAGUAUGAGGAAAAGUUGAAGGUGGGUAAAAAUGCAAAAGUAAAAGGGCUAUUUCUGCAAAAUCUGAAAUUGGGUCAUCUUCAUCAGAGGUAAAGAUUCAAUCUUUAUCACUGAUAAACAGAAAGUCUUUAAGUUUUGAUCAAGUUUCUGGCAAAUUACCACCUAUGGUUAGGAAGAGAAAAUCAGGGAAAUUUGCUACUGAGAUUAGAGACCCAUUUAGCAAGAAAAGAAUUUGGUUGGGUACUUUUAAUACAGCUGAAGAAGCUUCUGAGGUUUAUCAAUCUAAGAAACUUGAGUUUCAAGAGAAGUUGAAUAAGGCUAAAAAUGCAAAUAAGAAAAAGGCUAUUUCUGCAAAAUUUGAACUUGGGAAUUCUUCUAGUGAUCCAUCAUCAACAGUGGAUUCUCAAACCUCGGAUUCAUCGAAUGAUCAAGAAAGCGAAGAAGAGCUGUGGAUGGGGCAGUGGAUACGGAUUUCAGAAUCUCCAAAAUGCACUGCUUUUGGUGUAUUCGACACACACCAUCCUGUUGUCUUGGGGACUUGAUGGAUGAUGUAUCCGGGCUUUCUGUCGGUGCUUGAUGUAAUCUGUGAUUUUUGAUUGUGCACGGAGUGUUGAUGAGAUGGAGUCUCGCUUUGUGUGUCGAGAAGAAUCGAUUUGAUGCUACAAGUCUAAAGUUGGAAACCGAGGUAUGUAACGGUAAACUCAUCUUUUACUAUUAUGGCAUACUUCCUACCACAUGUUUCAUCGAUAUGAGUCUAAUAAACUCCUAACAUCACAAAACGACAUGUGACUUUUUUGAAGUGUACGAGCAACAUAGUGCUUGUAGUUGGAGUCUCUGCUUAGCUCCGAAAGUUUUGUAGUUUCUUUCAAUCCAUGUGGUGGUAUACACAGCUGCUGCCACACACAUUUUGAAAAUUGUUGCUACUGCACUCUUUCCCCUUGGCAUUUGCAUAUGCCCCUAUCAAGCUCUUCUUGUCAUGUCAUUACUUGUCUGUCAGUUUCGUGCCAGCGCAGGAGCCCAUUCAAGAUAUCGCCAACAUGGUCAAUACUUACAUUCUCCCUGCUGCUGCAUUUCACUAUUUCAUAUCCGUUUUGGUGAGCCCGGAUUGUUACAAAUGAUGCUAUACAGAAGUGUAGCAUGAGUACCAAAAUAUGUGGUACUCAGUAGGCAUCAUAGGCCGACUGAUCUCAGAACAAUAGUACAUACCAUUCGACUUUCUUGAAAAUGCGUAUAUACCAUUCGACUUUCUUGAAAAUGCCUCUAAUGUGAGACACUUUCCCUAUAUAAGCCAACAGCUCAUAGAUGUUUGGUUGGCUUGGUUUGAGGCAGGGGCAGAGCUAAGUAGAGCCGAGGGUGUUUGUCCGAGCACCCUUGGGCGGAAAAUUACAUUAUUUAUACACGGUUUAAAUUAUUUUUUAUGUAUAUUGUAAAUGCUGAACCCUUUUGGCUUCUUCACGUGUUUACUUUGUCGUAUUUAAACCCUCAGUGAAAAUCCUGGCUCCAACAAGCACGGGUUUAAGGUAGACUCCUAAGUUUACCAACUGCUGUUCUAUGCCAACAGUGCCUUUUUUGGUAUCUCCACUCCAUCAAGUCCACAAGAAUAUGUACCAUUUCAAGAUUAAGUAAAUAGAGAUGUUGUUUUCGAUAAACCCUCGACUUCAAAAAACACAUUUCAAAGUUAAGACCCUUAAAUACCAUUGUUAUUUUUUUCUAAAAAAGAACAAUGAUAUUUAAAUUUAUUUACUCAUAACUUGAUUAUUAAUAAAAGUAUCGUUGAUCUAACUCAUAAUUGAUUGAUCGUCACAUGGAGAACAAAAAUUGGAUAUAAUCUUCAAAAAGAGGAAAUUAAAUUUCUGACAUUCAUAAUCUAUAUUCAUUGAGAACUACUCAGAUCAUUGAUUUGACAAAAUUGAUGUAGCAAUACAUAUAUAACAACCAAUCAAAAUACCUGAAGUCCCUUAUAAAGUUUCUAAAAACAAAUCUAGUACCUGCCAGUAGUUACAAAAUUGCCAAUUUUUGUUUUCAGUAUUAUAUAUAUAUACUAAGAUCAUCCAAAACACCAAAUUCACCCAACAAAAACCCAUAAUUAUCCACAAUUGGAACUCCCAAUUUAUGUGAAUAUUUCACUUCUUGAUUUUCUGAAAUUUUCACCCAAGUCCCCAUCAUUAAUUCUUCAUCACUUUCUUCAAUCCCAUUUGAUGUAUUCGUAUUCUCAUCAACACUCAUUGACGAUUUUUCUUCAAACUCAUCAGUAACACAAGAUUCUUGAUUAGAUUUUUCAGCAAUCUGGCCAUUUUUUGCUCUUUUAGCCAUGGCUAAUUCUUCGAAUUCAAGCUUCUUAGACUCGUAAUUUUUCGAAGCGUCUUCAGCCGUAACAAAAGUACCCAACCAAAUCAUUUUCUUGUUCAAUGGGUGUUUAAUUUCAGCACAAAAUUUUCCAUUUUUUCUCUUACAUACCCCAAUAGGGUACAAUCUGACACAAGUAUUCUUUGAUAUUCUUUUGUAGGAUUUCAUGAUCAAAGUUUUGAGA